CAAAAACAGAACUUGAUAAAAUAGAUAUUGAUAUAAUUGAUGUAAAGAUGAGUUGUGAUGUGAUCCACGAUAUAAUGAAGAGAACAAUGUUCCUUGUGGGCUUUUUAUCACGGAAAUGCACGAAACGCUGUCCUUUAAAAGUACACGUCUAUAAUAUUUAUGCUCUGCUUUACGCCAUAGAUUUGCAAGAAAUAAUGUUGGAAUUAUUCGUUAUAACACGCAAUAUGAAAAAAAAAAAAAUAAAUAGUUUCGAGGAAGUUCAGAAAAUCAAAGAGGCACACACGCAAAGAACGAAUGAACGAAAAGAUACAAUUAAACUAGUCAAUGAACUAUUUGUCAACAAAUUUAGUCGUGAAUAUUGGAAUUAUUUCGAAGAAAAAUCACAAAGCGGUAAGUUUUACUAAC